AAACAUGUUUAAGUUUUCCACCCUAGAACUGGUCUCAUAGAAAACAACGAAACGCAACGUCGUAGUACGGCAUGCCCGUUUCCGUUUCAUUGUUUCUUCCUUCCCUCGACUCAACUCUCUCUCUCACCCACCACAAAACUACCAAAGCAAAAACCUUUUUUUUUUCUCUUCUGUUCCCUCAUCCUCAUCUAUUGGAUUAACUGAUUAAUAUUAUUAGGUCCCCUUCUAAAAAGAAGAUUCUUCAUCCUUCCACACACACCCCACAACUACUGGGAGAGAAAAAAGGAAGGAAGUUUUGUUCUUUUCUGAGACCCUAUUGAUUUUUUAUAUUUUUUCUGCUCUGAAGAAGAAAGAUGGAAAUGAUGGCAUACCAUUUUUCCCGGCUACCUUACUCGGAUUCCCUCAAACUGCUAGAGGCUGAUAUACAGCAUGCAAAUGCUUUGGCUGCUGCAAUUCCCAGAGCCAAGGGUGGGACUCUUCUCCAAAUGAAAUUGGUGUACAACCACUUGGCUCCUCUCUUUCUGUUGUUGCUACAGUGGAUGGAAUGUUCUUGUACAUGCUUUCUACACAGAUAUCUUGACCUCUUCCACAUAGUUGUAUACAAGGUACACAAUGAUGGUAGAUCAAAUAUGACUUCUCAUGGAAGGAAAGCAAGCAUCCGGGACUUUUAUGCCGUUAUCCUUCCAUCCCUCGAGCGGCUUCAUGGUAGCUUGGAGAAGUUGAACAUUUGUAAGAAAGGUCAUUCUAGCAUAGAUGGCUCAAGUUUUGGCAAGAAAAUGAUUGAAGGUGAUGAGAAACUAAUCAAUAUCGAUUUGGAAAGAGAAGAUGAAUGUGGGAUAUGCUUAGAGCCUUGCACCAAAAUGGUUUUGCCUAAUUGCUGUCAUGCCAUGUGUAUCAAAUGCUACCGCAAGUGGAACACCCGGUCAGAGUCAUGCCCUUUUUGCCGUGGUAGCUUAAGGAGAGUUAAUUCUGAGGAUCUAUGGGUACUCACUUGUGAUGAAGAUGUUGUUGAUGCUGAAACAGUUUCCAAAGAGGACCUGUUGCGUUUCUACCUUUAUAUCAACAGCUUACCUAAAGAUCACCCUGAUGCACUUUUCUUAAUGUAUUAUGAAUACCUGAUUUGAUGUUAUUUUUACUAAAUAAGGAGAGAGAGAAAUUGUACAGAUAGGGAAAUCCGGACUGCAAUUGUGAAUAGAGUCUGGUAAGAAAUAUUUCUAAUUUGUAAGGCACAGCUCUGCUAAGAUAAAUUUCUGUUAUUCUAGCCCAGAAUAACCCCACUCUUGCCUUGUUAUAUAUCUAUUACUAUUACUGUUACAAUUUA